AUGUCGAAGCUGCUCUCCUUGGCAGUCUUCCUGGCUUGCGGGCCUAGCCGCGCACUGAUUCACAAAGAAGGAGCACGCGGCGCACGUCCGCAUCAACAUGCAAGUAGUAUUCGGUUCCUGUCCCUCAUUGGCAAUGAAGGAUCUGGGCAUCAUUCGCUGACACCUGCUAUUCAUCAGAUCCUCGGCAUCGCCGGCGGACAUGACGAUCAGAUGAGGAUCAGCGAGCACAGGGCGCACUCCUUCGCAGUCAUGAACGGAACCCAGGAGACCAACGAGAGCCAGGUCUUCAUGUUCAACGGGGAGGAGACAGGCCAACUCCUGACGGCCUUCCUCGCGGAGGACCGGCGUGGCUUCAAGAGGGCCUUGCAAACCUACAGGCAGAACACCUUGCUGCAGCAAGAGUACAGCUUUCCGACAGGGUUUGAGGAAAGACAGCCCACCGACAAGAUCUACGACCUUACGAAGCUCUAUCGGAUGCUGCGAGAAGCUGGUGUCUCGAGGAAAGCGGUGAUCAAGUAUGAGCGCGACCAGACAGAUCGUGCAGAAUCGAUGUUCCACAGAUUUCCAUGGCUCUUCAAGCACGGCUUGGCGGAGUCAAAAAACAGCCAGCGCGGCUUCCAAAGGCACAUCGAGCGAGAUCUGAAGCAAGUGGAGAAGAUGCAUGUUCCUGUGUUGAGGGUCAGCAUGCACGAGCUGAACCACACCUGCCCAUCCUUCGUUCACCGGGUUUCAGGGUUCCUCAUGCAGAAUGACCUGAUCUCACACGAUCGAAGUGAGCAGCACCUGGUGAAUCAGGUUUGCAAGUAG